GGCAAGUAAUUUAAGCAUCUAUCUAUCUAAUAAUCUAAAACCAACAAACCACGUUACUAACACCUUCCACGACCUUUCUUCUUUUAUACUCCUUGUAACAAAUACAAAAUUGAAUACGAAUCUAAUUAUUAAUAUGCUACUAAGUUAUUAGUUCACACUGCACUCCUUGUUGUUGUAACUUGUAUAGUUGUAUGUAUAAAUAAGUCUCUAAUUCUGAGCCACUUUUUUCAUCCAAAGACAUUUGCAAACAUUCAACAUGAACCAUUUUUUAGUCAAGUCAACAGCACAAGCUCUCUUCCGGAGUAGCCGGAACUAUCACCGUAACUUCUCAACUGCAGCAAUCGCUCAGCUGAGUCACCAGCAUGGUGGCGGUGCGUAUGGAAGCUUCCACGGGCAGAGGAUGUCCACUCUGCCCGAGAAAAAAGAUCACCAGCCAGAGGAGAACAAGAACGAGAACAACAACGCAGCCGUUUCCAGUUACUGGGGGAUUGCUAGGCCCAAGGUUCUUAAGGAGGAUGGAACUGAGUGGCCAUGGAACUGUUUCAUGCCAUGGGAAAGUUAUAACUCAGACGUGUCAAUAGAUGUGACCAAGCAUCAUGUACCACAAUCAUCUGGAGACAAGUUUGCUUUCAGAUCUGUCAAGUUUCUAAGGGUUCUCUCUGAUCUAUAUUUCAAGGAACGGUAUGGAUGCCAUGCAAUGAUGCUAGAAACAAUAGCAGCCGUCCCAGGAAUGGUAGGAGGGAUGCUUUUACACUUAAAAUCUCUAAGAAAAUUUCAACACACUGGUGGUUGGAUCAAAGCAUUACUUGAAGAAGCAGAGAAUGAGAGAAUGCAUUUGAUGACAAUGGUUGAGCUUGUGAAACCAAGUUGGCAUGAGAGGCUUUUAGUUAUUACAGCACAAGGUGUUUUCUUCAAUGCAUUCUUUGUUUUUUACAUUCUGUCACCAAAAACAGCACACAGGUUUGUUGGUUAUUUGGAAGAAGAAGCUGUGAUUUCAUAUACACAAUAUUUAAAUGCAAUUGAAAGUGGUAAAGUUGAAAAUGUACCUGCUCCUGCUAUUGCAAUUGAUUAUUGGAGACUUCCUAAGGAUGCAACUCUUAAGGAUGUUGUUACUGUUAUUCGUGCUGAUGAGGCUCAUCAUAGGGAUGUCAAUCACUUCGCUUCGGAUAUUCACCAUCAAGGAAAAGAAUUGAAAGAGGCUCCAGCUCCUGUUGGUUAUCAUUGAUGGAGGCAUUGUUUUUUGUCAAAUUUAUUGAUCAAAUAGUAGUAUUUUUCUUUUUUCUAGCCUUUGUUGUCUAAACAUUCAAUUUGUGCCUGAAUUGUUUGAUAAAUAAUGUAUUUUCAGUGGGCAUUUUGUAACCUGAAAGUUUAUCAAUAGAUUCAAUACUCAACAGGGUUGAUACUUAGUAGAAUGGAGUUAACAGGAAUUUAUAAUAGUUUGGCUUGGACAUAGAUUAAUGGAAGGAAAUAGGGGAAGUGGUAUGUUUUGGUGUUGAGAUAUCAAUUUGUGUUGAUGUACUGAUAUGGCACAUCUUGUGUCUAAUUAAAAAUAUAAACAUUCAAUAUCAGUUUGUUUUACAA